GGAAAAUUAAGCUUCCAGCUGGUUGUUGAUUUAAAAUAACGAUUCGUAAUGUUUUUAUUGUUCAUAUUGUUUUCUUGACAUUUAGAUUUCCCUAAAUCGUUUUUGCACCAUAAUUCGAAAUAGGAGUCACUCCUAGCGUGGACGUGUUCAGUUGGCGUGUCCCGACUCGGAGUGACGGCUGGGCAGACCUAUUAUUUCUCCGAAGUGUUUUUUUGCACCGGCCCAUUUUUUGACACAGUCUAUCGUUAAUUUUUGGAUUAUCGCGCCCUGUUUUACACCGUAGUUGGAAGCAGAGAAAAGCCCCGGGGUUCAAAAUGUCUGUAGCGGGGUUGAAGAAGCAAUUCUAUAAAGCCAGCCAGAUGGUUAGUGAGAAAGUGGGUGGAGCAGAAGGAACCAAACUAGAUGAUGACUUCAGAGACUUGGAACGGAAAGUAGAUGUAACCAGUAAAGCUGUAGUGGAGGUGAUCUCCAAAACCUCAGAGUACCUCCAACCCAACCCAGCAUCGCGGGCCAAGCUGUCCAUGUUAAACACCAUGUCUAAGAUCCGUGGUCAGGUGAAGAACCCAGGUUACCCUCAAGCUGAGGGGCUGCUCGGGGAGUGCAUGUCCAAGUUUGGACGCGAACUCGGGGAGGACACAAACUUUGGAAUAGCUCUAGUAGACGUUGGAGAGGCCAUGAAGAGAUUAGCAGAAGUCAAAGACUCUCUAGACAUCGAUGUGAAACAGAACUUUAUUGAUCCAUUGCAAGGGUUGUAUGACAAGGACCUCAGAGAAAUACAGCACCAUCUGAAGAAGCUCGAAGGUCGUCGACUGGAUUACGACUACAAGAAGAAGCGUCAGGGCAAGAUACCAGACGAGGAAGUCCGACAAGCCCUGGAGAAAUUUCACGAGUCUAAGGAAGUGGCUGAGACCAGCAUGUACAACUUGCUUGAGACUGACAUCGAGCAGGUGAGCCAGCUUGCAUCGCUGGUGGAGUCUCAGCUGCAGUACCACAGACAAGCUGUACAAGUGCUAGAGGAGCUAUCUGACAAACUGCAGGACAGAAUGAACGAAGCUCAGUCUCGUCCAAGACGUGAAUACACACCUAAACCUAAGCCCAUGUUUGAUUUUGGAGACAACAACCACUCGAACGGUGGCUUCUCUACCUCGAUGGCCCCUCCCCCAUCACGCAGCACAGCAGACCACUCCUUUCUCUUUGCUUCAUUGUCCUUUCGGAAACCAGGAUUGUCUCCGGAGCAGCCGAGCUGCAAGGCGUUGUACGACUUUGAGCCAGAGAACGAGGGAGAGCUGGGCUUCCACGAGGGAGACGUCAUCACCCUGACCAAUCAGAUCGAUGAAAACUGGUAUGAGGGCAUGCUGAACGGCCAGUCAGGAUUCUUCCCUCUCAACUACGUGGAGGUCCUUGUUCCGUUACCGCACUAAUAUAAAAAAUGGAGCUAUACAAGUAGACUGAAAGAGGAGCAGAGGGAAGGAAGGAGCAGAACCAGUGAGGAGGAAGAUAAGGUUUCAUUUUCACUUUUAGCUCCAGCGUCAUCGCCACAAACAAGCACUUUCGUCAUUAUGAGAUCUUGAAAUGAUAUCAAACCAGAAGUUAUCCAUCUGGUUUCUGGAAAAGUCGAAUGAAUGAUGCGGAGAACAGAGACGGAGCAUUUUGAUCCAUCAUCUGAAAGUAAGAAGAGUUCCUUAAAGAUGGACUGGUGACUCGGUUUUAAGCAGUACUUCUUCAUCCCAGAUGAGAGACACAGAAACUAGUUUCACUGGGGUGACCCACUUAAGUAGGUCCACUUAAUAGGUUUUAUUCUGAAUCAAUGUGUGUAAGCAGGACUGAACUGUCAUUUCACAACUAGAACAAAUGUAAUGAGCCCUUUAUGCCUCCUGCGGGCAUCACCAAGUUUUACACCCAUCUUAACUAAAAUGAACUACUAGAAUUUGUGAAAUUAGUUACCUGACAAAAAGGAAAGUAUUGUAGAAACUUGAGCCAAAAUAGUGUCUAACUUGUGAUUUAGACAGUUCUGACUCCAGUUUUGUUUUAUUUCAUUUUAAAGUAGUUGUCUGGUUAUUGGUUUUAGCUUCCAGCAGAUCCGAUUGAGUGGUUUCCCUGUAGCUUCAGCGGGUUAAAAGGUUUUAUGGUAACAGAAUAUAUGAGAAACAGCUGUAACAGCACACGGGACACCUCCACUCACAGACCCAAAGGUAAAUGCAGAGGUUGCACCCUUUUUGUCACUUAAUGCAGGUGUGUAGUUGUUGCUAAGAAAUGACCGAUAAAUAUGGUUACCUGCCAGUCUGUUCAACAGAGGAAACGGAGCCAAAAAGACUUUAAAAUGCAAUAUAAGUGUUGAACGCUUCUGUUUGUUAACCUGCUAAUGAUUCUGUAACAGCCAUAUAUACAUGUAGUUCCUGUGCUGUUUAUUGUACUUAUUACACUUUGUUUUUUUUUAAAGCCAUGUCAGCCCUGUUUAAGGCACCAGGUAAGUCCACACAGUGCCUGAUUAGAAGAAGCUGCUGGCAGCGACGUAGUCUUUUCUAUUCGUCACCAAGUCCCCGCUGUUACUGUCUGUG